AUGGGCAACACUAGUCACUGUGGAAUCAGGCUCAGAGCAGGAGAAAAUGCCUGCCUCUAUGCCUUCGUGAUGGCCCAGAGCAGCCUUUGGAAGCACCAAUUUAACGUGCACCCCAAGCUGAAUAAGAUUGUUCUGGGUUCUGAGCAAGCUGCCCAUCAUGCUGCUGUAUACAUUGAGGGUAUGCGUGGAAUAAAUGCCACCAAUGAGCUGGCUCGGGGGAUGAGGGAGAAAGGGUCCAGCAGGGGCGUUAGCACUGCUAGAGAGGGUGUCAACGGAGGUACUGGUGUUAAUGGAGGUUCUGGCGCCAAUGGAGGCCCUGGCAUCAAUGGAGGUUCUGACACCAAUGGGGGCUCUGGCACCAAUGGAGGUCCUGGCACCAACGGAGGCUCUGGCACCAAUGGAGGCUCUGGCGCCAACAGAGGGUCUCAGGCUGACCCUGCCAUGCAGCCACAAUUGAGACCAGCUGCAGAUGCACCUGAUGCUUUCCAAGCCCAUCCCCCACAUGGCAUCCAAGAAUGUGCUCUUCCGUUACCACCAUCAUCAAGUGGCUCCAUGGACGCAAUGUCGCAUGUUCAUGCUGUGUCUCAGUUCCAAGUCUCGCAAAAUCAUCAUUAUCCUCAGGCUGAUCAGCACCGCAUUGAGCAGAUAGACUAUUAUCAACAUGGGAACCAGCCUGAUCAGCAUCGCAAGCAGAUCGACUAUCAAUGUUCUAUGGCAAGCUAUCACAGCACUAUAGACCAGUAUAGACAUCAUGAAAGUCUAUAUAUUACCAUAAAGUUUGGUCAAGAUCUUAUUUUUGCCUCUCUUCUCUUCUUCUUGCUUCUCUAUCCUUCUCUUGGUGUUGAUGUUGUUGGUGGUGGUACUGGUGCUGGUGCUUUGAACUCUGCUCUCUUCCCUCCUGCUCCUCCUCCCCCCAACUAUUUUCGCAUUUUUGACCAUUUGGCAAGUCUUUUCUCUGACUCUCACUUCCUCCUGUCUGAUCCUCUCCUUCUAGCUCCCUUCCCUCCUCUUCCCUCAAGAAUUUUCGCAAUUUUCACUAUUUGUUCUCUUGCCUCUUCCUCCUUUAUUAGUUUACAUGUAUUGUAGUAGUUGAAAUAUAAUUUGGAAUUUUCGCUUU